UCGAUUGUAGACCUGUCACACGCCGACAACUGCGUUGAAACCGACUUACAUAGCGCAGUUUGAAGAAGAAUGCAGGCUACAAAGUAUGUCCUAGUGACGGGUGGCGUUGUUAGCGGUCUUGGCAAAGGCGUGACAGCAAGCAGUAUCGGAGUCAUCCUUAAAAACUGCGGCUAUCGUGUUACCUCUAUAAAAAUCGAUCCCUAUCUUAAUGUGGACGCUGGCACUAUGUCGCCGUUUGAGCACGGCGAGGUAUUUGUGCUGGACGACGGCGGCGAGGCUGACCUAGAUCUGGGUAACUAUGAGCGCUUCCUGGACAUUACGCUGACCAGGGACAACAACCUCACCACCGGUAAAGUUUACCAGGCUGUUAUUGAGCGGGAGCGGCGCGGAGACUACCUUGGGAAAACAGUGCAGGUGGUUCCCCACAUCACGGACGCGAUCCAAGAUUGGAUCCAAACCGUUGCCGCCCGGCCGGUGGACGGCAAGGCCGGCGUGCCUCACGUCUGCGUGAUCGAGCUGGGCGGCACGGUGGGAGACAUCGAGUCGGCGCCCUUUGUGGAGGCGCUGCGGCAGUUCUUCAUUCGUGUGGGAGAGGCCAACAUCUGCAACGUGCACGUCUCGCUGGUGCCCGUCAUUGGCGUGGUGGGCGAGCAGAAGACCAAGCCAACGCAGCACAGCGUGCAGGUGCUCCGCUCGCUGGGCAUCAACCCCACCCUGGUGGCCUGCCGCAGCUCGGUGCCGCUGGAGGAGGGCGUCAGGUCCAAGCUGGCCAUGUUUUGCAACCUGCCGGAGGGCAACGUGCUGUCGCUGCACGAUGUGUCCAACAUCUGGCGGGUGCCGCUGCUGAUGCAGGAGCAGAACGUGCACCAGCUGCUGUGCUCCAAGCUGGGCCUCACCAACGCGGACCGACUGGACCUCUCCAGCUGGAAGGCCAACCUGGCGGACCGCUGGGACUCGCUCACGGAGCCCGUCAAGAUCACACUCAUUGGCAAGUACACCAACCUGUCGGACGCCUACCUGUCGGUCAUCAAGUCGCUGCAGCACGCCUGCAUGGAGGCGCGCGUGAAGCUGUGUCUGGAGUGGGUGGAGGCGGCCAGCCUGGAGCCGGAGGGCAAGGUGGCGGACCCAGCACUGUACGAUGCCAACUGGCGCAAGCUGGAGGAGGCUGACGGCAUCCUGGUGCCGGGCGGCUUCGGCUCCCGCGGCGUGGAGGGCAAGAUCCUGGCGGCCAACUAUGCGCGCGUCAACAAGAAGCCCUACCUGGGCAUCUGCCUGGGCAUGCAGAUUGCGGUGAUUGAGUUUGCUCGCAACGUGUUGGGCCUUACGGAGGCCAACUCCACCGAGUUCGCGCCCGCCACCCCGCACCCCGCCGUGGUGUUCAUGCCGGAGAUCUCCACCACGCACAAGGGCGGCACCAUGCGGCUGGGCGCCCGCCGCACCGUACUGCAGACCAUGAGCUGCAUCUCGGCCAAGCUCUACCAGCAGGAGCAGUACAUUGACGAGCGACACAGGCACAGGUACGAGGUGAACCCCGACCUGGUCCCCCGGCUUGAGGAGGCGGGUCUGCAGUUCGUGGGCCGCGACGAGACGGGCGAGCGCAUGGAGAUCCUGGAGCUGUCCAGCCAGCCAGCGGACCACCCCUACUACGUGGCGGCACAGUUCCACCCCGAGUUCAAGUCCCGGCCCGGCAAGCCCUCGCCGCUGUUCCUGGGCUUCAUCCUCGCCUCCGCUAAGCGGCUGGACUCGUACCUCAGGUCACGCGACUUCCCCCGCUCGCCCGCCAAGAGCGGCACCCCGGUGAAGACCCCGCCGAUGGAGGGACUCCGAGUGCAGGAGUAGAGGCAGGGGGUAGCGUGCAGGAGGAGAGGGAUUAGGAGGGGGGAGGCAGGGAUUAGGGAAGUGUACAGAGUAUUAGGGCAGUGUUGGGGUUAGUUGGGUAGAUACACGUAAAGCAGGGCUGUUCCUGGUUUACCGAGUAAAGCUUCCCGUGUGGGGGGCCGACAGAUACGUCGGGCAGGCACAGGACCCAGGGGACUUUAGGACGCUUAACGAGCACUGUAGUGUGUGAAUAUUACGGCAACUCCACGUCAGGAUAUGACACGUAACCACGUGUGACGAUGUUUGCUGACGGGUUAGGACGAGUUUGACGGAAUGCUGACCUCGCUUUCGUGGCAAGGCUGGAUUAGAGGCACAGGGGUUGUAGGGGGUCAUCAUUACUGUAGGGUGUGGUUAGUACUGCUAGGGAUGUGAUUUGCGGCUGCUCACAAGAGUUACGGCAUGAGCAGGAGCUCUGUAGGUGGUGAGUUGGGUGACGGUAGCGUCCUUGCUCUUGCUGGGUGCAGAAGUGCUGGGCAUUAGAAGUUGGGAGUAGGCCCCUUGUUUGGAGUUCGGGCGGAGAGCAGGAUGGGAGCUGGCUAUUAAGCCAGUAAAUCAAUUGGUAGCUACACAGGGCAGCUAGAACUGUUUGAGUAGUUGCUGCGCAAAAGAUGCUUUUGAAGGGCUGGGCAGAUGCAACCGCGCACGGCCUAGCUGAGCUACUAAGCCGGAAACACAUUUGCAUUGCAGUUCCAGCGAUGUAAUGUCAGA